GAAGGAGAGUGGAUAACGGAGCUGUUAAUGAAUCGACUGGCCGGACUGGAACAAACAAAACACGACACACAACAUCAUUAUUCAUUACGAUUGUCUCUCGAUUUGAACUAUUUCAGACUUUCUUAUCUUGUUUGGAGUCCAAAAUGAGUGAUAAUUUCUGGGACUGCGAGUUUUAUAAGCCUUUUCCGCACAACUUGCGAAAUUUGGGCCCUAAAGAAUUAAAAGAGGAGUUGAAGAAACUGAUACCGCCUGUCAUGAAGCCGUACAACAACAUCGAGAUGCCCAAUCUGAAGUGGGUGACGGUCUGUGACCCUGCUGAUGGUAGGAAGUCGCAGCCAUCGCAGAUUUGCCUCAGGUCUGAAUCAAGUUCAGACCCUCCACCUGCUGACGGGUCUCUUGUUGGCGAAGCUCAACCUAAUUAUCACUCGGAGUGGCUGGAAAAUGACGGAGAAUCGGAGUCAAUGUUCAAAGUCGAAGAGGAGAGUGGAGGAAAACACAAAUUUAAAUGCAACCUGGAUCUUCCCAGUCAACUCUUUGGUUUGAUCCUUGGGCCAAGAGCCAAUAAAAAGAAUGCAAUUGAGCAAAAUACAAAUACCAAAAUCUUUGUUCCUGGCAAAAGUGAUGAUGUGAAUGGCACCAUUGUUGUCAGAGGCAACUCAGUCAGAGAUGUUGAGGCAGCUUGCAGGAAAAUUUACCACAUCAUUGACACGAAUAGAAACUCGAUAAAAGCCACUCAUUUCCUCGGCAUCGUCAUUGACUCUCCAGGCGUCAGACGUGCUUUUGAAAACUUCAAGAAAAUUUCAUCCAUUGAUUCCAAAUUUCUGCAACACGCGUCGAAACUGCACUUGACUCUUGGAAUGCUGGUUCUUUUGAAAGACGAUGAAAAAUCUACGGCUGCAAGCAUAGUCGAGGACUGUGUCAGCCAGAACCUCAGAGACAAGCACGGAAAACUGAAACUGCGCAUCAAAGGCGUGGAAAUCAUGAACGACGACCCGACAGCGGCCAGAGUGCUUUACGGCGACGUCGUCAAAGAUGACGCCCACGACGAGCUUCAGCAACAGAUCCGACAGCUUCUCUGUAGGCUCAACUUGGCAGGAUUGUUGAAGCAAGACAAACAGCACGCCGACAGCGACAGCGUCAAACUGCACAUGACAAUUGCCAAUGCUACGUUUGCUGAAAGAAUGGCUGGCGUGAGCGCGGACAGAGGUGCUAAAAACGUCAACAUGACGUUCGACGCUACGGAUGCGCUCAAGAAAUUCGGCGAUUACGACUUUGGCGAACAACUGGUCAAGGCGUUGGCAAUUUGUGAAAUUGGCAGCUCGAGCGAGGAGCAUGGUUAUGUCCAGUUUUCUCAACACUUCCUCGAUCCCCAAAGAGAUCAGACUGAUUUGUAUAUUUGCAAGAAAUAAAUACAAGCUUUCAAUUGUUAA